AUGGCAGAUGAUAUCGAUGUUGAAGCACUUUUAGAAGCGCCCUUUAAUAAAGAGGUACGUAACCUUAUUAAUUUUUUUAGUUCCGGUCUGGUCUACCGCAUAUUCCUAGUUAACUCAGUAAAUCAGACUUUUUAUAUUUUAUUAGGUUACUUGCGGAAGUAUCGGUCACCGGUGACGUCGUUGCGGGCGUCUGGCCAUUUCCAUUUCCACCUGUAGUUAUCAGUUGGUUUUUUGUCGGUAUGUGCUAACGGUGCUCUAAUUUUUUGUUCGAUUCCCCCACCCCUUCUGCUGCUCUAUGUCCUUCUGCUGUUGUCGGUCACAGGAACAGUCCAAGUCGAGCUCCCGUCGGCGAGAUCGGUCACGCUCCAGAUCGAAGGACCGGAGUCGAAGGUUAGUUUUUUUUCUUACAACCUACGCGUUUUUAAUAGACAUCGUGACCACAGCUCAGAUCGCAGACGAGACCGCGACGAACGACGCUCUGAACGGCGACGCAGUCGAGACAGAGAUCGAGAGGACUAUGAUAGAAGGCGGGACCGUGAUGAGGGCCGCUCAAGACAUGACAGGUCGCGGUAUGAUAGACGAAGUCGCGAGGACCACCCUCCCAAAGACGUCAGGGAGGACUCGGACAAUGGCGAGCCUCGGAAAUUUUACCGCAAUGGCGAACCGAGACCGAGAAGGUAUGUUGUAUAAUACCUUUCUUACUGUUUCAUCUUAGUCCGGAACUGACACCCGAGGAACGUGAUGCUCGUACAGUCUUCGUGUGGCAGCUGUCUGCCAAGAUUCGACAGCGGGAUCUGGAGGAUUUCUUCUCAUCUGUCGGAAAGAUACGAGACGUCCGUCUAAUAAUGGAUGGUAAAACUAAACGAUCGAAAGGCAUAGCCUAUGUCGAAUUCCGCGAAGUGGAAUCAGCACAACUGGCCCUUGGCCUGACUGGUACGAGGCUGCUCGGGGUGCCGAUUCAGAUUCAACAGAGUCACGCAGAAAAGAACCGCACCGGUACCACAACGACCACAACCACCGCAACAGCAUACGCAAGACCUUCUGCGCCCUCGAGAGGGCCUAUGAAACUGUACGUGGGUUCGCUUCAUUACAACAUCACCGAGGAUAUGUUGAGAGGCAUAUUUGAGCCGUUUGGAAAACUGGAAGAUAUUAAGCUCAUCAAAGAUGCCACGACGAACCGGUCACAAGGUUACGGCUUUGUGACUUACACAAAUGGCGAAGACGCGAGGAAGGCCCUUGAUCAGCUAAAUGGCUUUGAAUUAGCCGGUAGGCCAAUGAAGGUGAGAAUAUCCGAUUGAUUAACCCUUUUUUAGGUGAAUUACGUCACAGAGCGUAGUGAUUACGCAGCUCUGAGUGCACUUGACAACGAAGAGACCGACAGAACUGGUAUAGACCUUGGCACCACGGGACGCCUGGCCUUAAUGGCUAAACUAGCUGAGGGCACUGGCUUGGAGAUUCCAAAAGCGGCUCUCGCCCAACUUCAGGUUCUUCAGGGCAACCCGACUCUCGGGACUGCUGGAAAGGUUAGCUCCGCCUCAGCCACCGCGCCGCCUGUUUGUACACAAUGCUUCAUGUUAUCCAACAUGUUCGACCCGCACUCGGCGACCCACAGCACUUUCGAAGAAAUACGGGAUGACGUAAUCGAGGAAUGCUCAAAAUAUGGUGGCAUUUUGCACCUAUUUGUUGACCAGACCAGUGCUCAGGGUAAUGUGUAUGUCAAAUGUCCCAGCAUCGCCAUCGCCACACAAUGUGUAAACAUGCUUCAUGGACGAUAUUUCUCUGGGCGCCUAGUUACGGCCGCCUACGUUCCUCUGGUGAACUACCACCAGCUGUUUCCAGACUCGAGCACCGCCAACACCAUCCUCAAGCCUGCAUACUAA